CGAAAAAAAAGUGAAAAUCGUUGCGAUUGUGGAAAAAAUUGGCGUCUCAGGAUAAUUUGGCGUUCUUUGGAUAAUUUGGCAGUACGUUCCGGCAUUAUUUUGAGAGCCCAGAAAACUGAAAAUGUCGUAUCAAUAUGAAUAUUUAGAUAGUCCGCAUCCGGAAGAAGACAUGGCACCGAUUUUUAAAAAACCAAAAAAAAGCAAUAUCCCAUUCUCUACCGCUCAAACUGUGUCCGAUAAAUAUUACCAGGAUAAUGAAAUUGAAUGAAGCAGGAAACAACACAGACGGCCCAACCGAAAAAGAAGUAUUUUAUGAGACUCCGCAGACGGACUCAAUUGUAUUCCAACCACCAAGGCCUACUAUUUCUCUACCGCAAAGUAUCAAGAAUACAACCGUAAAAUCAGAUGUGGCUGAAACGUUCAAACUAGCCUCAGCUGCUUGUAGUACAUCGAAACCUUCCUCUGAUGUCUUAUCGAACGCCAAUCAGUUUGUCGAUAACGUACCAGCGAAUCGCAAUCUGCAGAUAUUGUCAAAGGCACAGCUCCCAGUUAUUCAUCUACCGUUAACUACCAAAACCCUUAAACCAUCAGACGUGACCAAAUCAUUUGAACUGAUUUCUACAAAUUCGAAACAUUCUAUUGCGAAGCCACUGAAGUUUAAGAAGCUCACUGAUAAAUCAGAAGUGGCUGAACCUAAAUCGUCCUCCAUUGACACAUCCAACGAGAAUCAGUCUGCAGCCGAUGUAUCCCCCUUUGUGCAUCAUAAUGAAAUAACACUAUCAACUGUUUUCCAAAAACUCGUUGUUAUAGAAAAGAUGAUGGAAACACAAACAAAAUACCAAAUUGCGCAGAAGCGGGUGGCGGAUGACUUAGCGGCAAAUCUAACUCAACUAAGGCAGGAAAUCAACUUCAGCACUGCUGACACGAGAAAGCCAAAAAGCUUAAAAUUCCCGUUUAAUAAUCAGAGCGAGCUGGACAGGGUUGAAACAAAUUUUUUACGGACCAUGUUUAACGGAUACAUCUGCCGGAAGUUAUUCGAUCUAUUUCGACACUUCACCGAGCAGAUACUAUUGACGGAUGAUGAUUUAAUUUCAUAUGAUGAUUUAAUUUCAACCACUACGAUUAACAUACACGGGGCGGAUUCCAACAAAUACCACUCUGCCGCACUUCCUUUCGUCGGCCCGAUAGAUGCCGAUCAUCCUGCGCUAGAAACCUGCAUCAACCUGCCGAGCCGAAUGCAAUUCGAAACAUUUGAUGAAGUGAACAGUUUGGACUUUCGUCAAGCGAACAUAGUUGCAUUGAAACGAACGUUUGAUCAAAUGGACUGGGAGCCUAUUCGUAUGGCAACCAACGUGGAUGAAGCUGUUGAAUAUUUCACCAGUGUGGUUAACAUGGCAAUCGUUGAGAACGUUCCUUUGCGUCGACCGCCUCCAAAACCUGCGUGGGCAAAUGUUCUACUUCGCAAAUUAAAACGAUGCAGAUCAGCGGCACUCAGAAAAUAUAGCCAAAAUUUCAAUCCGUUCUCCAAGCAACUAUUUACUCGAGCCAGCAACGAGUAUCGUCUGUACAAUCGAUAUCUAUACCGACGCUACACCAAACGCAUUCAGAACAAUCUUCGCUUGAAUCCAAAUCAGUUCUAG